AUAUCAGAAUUGGACAUAACACAUGGUAUCUGCUGCCUAACUAGAUUUAACUAAAUUGGAGUUGCAUCCUGCCAGAUCAUAUGAUCAAUUCAGUGUAGGUUCUGGUUCCUGAUCAACAACUGUGGGACUGUUUUGUUUCUCUGGAAACUUUCUCUUCAGUAACAUGUGUACUCCUUUGGUGUUUCGGUGCGACUUGGCUUUGGGAAGUAUGGAAUCAUCAGUACCAUUUACUUUCCGAAGGAAGUAAUUGAGCCUCCUUCUUUUAGUGGACAGGGGCUGCAGACAGUAGAAGCCCCUGCUGACACAGUUGGAUAUAGUCUGUGAGGUAUGUUAUCCCAUUGGACAAGCUGCUGGUAACUGCCAACCUUGACUUUUGAGAGAAUAGUGGUUAGAAUGUGAAUUGCCUUAACCAGCCUGGGGAAAUUCCAGAUCUACCUUCCACUUAGCUGUGAAGUUUUGAUGUUUCAUGGUCUGUGGUGGACAUACUAUUGAAAUCAGUUCCUCUGACCCAGCGUCUGAGACUCCACCCUAUUUUGGGUUACAAAACUGUGUGACAGAAAAACAGUUCUCUGCUGAAGGGAGGAAAGCAGAACUAGGUAGUAAGGAAAGGGAGGAGGCAAAAAUCUUGCUGGUGCCAGAACCAGCAGAUGGUUGGAUAGUUUUUACAGCUAGCUGGUCUCUUGCCUUCUCAGGUGUGCUCCCUGUGAACAGGAUGAUUCCCAGAGUCUCAUUCUUGCUGCUCUCAAUCCUACUGGGAAUUCUGGGGAUCUUGUGUGUGGUGUUCACAGUCUACUGGACCCAACACUGGCUUGGUGGCUUUGCCUGGGAUGGUUCUUCUCAGAUGUUUAACUGGCAUCCAGUUUUCAUGGUGACAGGCAUGUUGGUCUUGACUGGUGCAGCGGUGCUAGUGUAUCGCGUGCCCCUCUCUUGGUCGGGGCCCAAACUGCCAUGGAAGUUGCUGCAUGCAGGACUGACCUUGGCAGCAUUCAUCCUAAUUGUCCUGGGACUGGUGGCCGUCUUUGAAUAUCACAACAAACAGGGCAUUGCCAACAUGUACUCCCUCCACAGCUGGCUAGGGCUUGGUGCUGUGCUGCUCUUCUCCUGUCAGUGGGCCAUGGGCUUUGCUUCUUUCUUGCUGCCUUGGGCUCCCACCUGGUUCCGAGCCUUGUACAAGCCCGUCCAUGUCUUCUUUGGCUCUGCCAUCAUCCCUUUAGUUGUGGCCGCCUGCAUCUCGGGCAUCAAUGAGAAGCUUUUCUUCAAACUAACAAACACAAGCACACCCUACGCUCAGCUUCCUGCAGAGGCAUGGUUUGCCAACAUAUUGGGGAUGCUGAUCCUGGUCUUUGGGCUACUGGUGCUGUUUGCCCUUGCCAUGCCAGUAUGGAAGCGUCCAGAUGUGAAUUUGCAAGAUACCCAAGAGCCUUUGCUACGGGAGGAUAAAUGAAGCAGCAAACAGGAAGGAUUGUGAUCCAGACCUGUGUGGUGGCCUGUUCUCCACUGAGAUCUUCAGCCAUUCUUGGUUCUGUUUUCAGUGCAAGAGUUGAAACUUUAAUUGUGGCACUGAAUUGUCUGGCCUCCUGGGUACUUUAUUAAUUCCCCCCACCCCACCCCACCCCGGC